AGAGGAAAUGCUGGGCCACUAGUCAGCGAGAAGAAAUUAUGUUUUUCAUUUGCCACAGAGCAGAAUAGCACCAUGAGCUGUGUAGAAUCAAGAUGGAGUUAAUACUAUUUCUUGUCGGGACUCAACUCUAACAGAGGCAAACAACCUUCACCUAUGGCCAAUCUGGAAAGAAAUAGCAAAAUCCUGCUUGAUUUGGUGCGACAGCCAGGUAACAACUUGUGUGCUGACUGUGGAGCUCCUGAUCCUGACUGGGCCUCCUACACUCUUGGCAUCUUUGUGUGCCUGAACUGCUCGGGGAUGCAUCGCAAUUUACCCGAUGUCAGCAAAGUGAAAUCCAUACGUCUGGAUCUCUGGGAUGAUUCACUAGUAGAGUUCAUGCGGGAGAGGGGAAAUUCUGCAGCCAAAGCCAUUUUUGAGAAGUGUGUCCCUGCCUUCUUCUACCGACCACAGCAAAAAGACUGCAUUGUUCUCAAGGACCAAUGGAUCCGUGCAAAGUAUGAAAGAAGAGAAUUCACAGGAGAAAAUAACUACUUUCACCAAGUUUAUAGCUCAGAUUCAUUUGAGUCAACACUAUGGAAGAAGGGCAAAGACAACAAACAGUUUCUUAAGAGGAUCUUUGUGCUGUCCCGGAAAGACUUCACCCUCAGAUACUUCAUUAAAGAGGAUUCCAAGGUUCCCAAAGCUGUCAUCUGCAUGAAGGAUCUGAAUGCAGUUUUCCAGACAGAGAAGGUCGGUCACACUCACGGUCUGCAGAUAUCCUACCUACAGGACAAGCGUACAAGGAAUCUGUUUGUUUACCACGAGAAUGGUCAGAUAGUUGUAUCCUUAUUCAAUGCUAUUCGGGCGACACGCUUGGCAUACCUCCAGAAGAAACACCCCACUCUCCAAGACAGUGAUUUAAUACCUCAGUUAACAAGACACUGCCUGAAGGAGGGAUACAUGGAGAAAACUGGCCCAACGCAACGGGAGCCAUUCAAGAAGAGGUGGUUCACACUGUGCUCAAUGGACAGAAAGCUUCUGUAUUUCAAAACUCCACUGGAUGCUACAGAGUUGGGUGCUGUCUUCAUUGGCUCAGAGAGCCACAGCUACUCUGUGUCAGAGAGCAGCAGCAAGAGCACGAGGGGAGGCCGGUGGCACUGUGGCAUCACGCUGAAGACUCCAUUCAGGGAGUUUUUGUUUAUGUGUGAGCAGGAGCAGGAGCAGAGGGAGUGGCUGGAGGCACUUAGGAAAGUCAUCUCUCAACCCAUGACCCCAGAGGACUACGCAAAUGAAGCCAACUUGAGAAGGGGGAAAUGAAUGGAGCAGUCUUACCUGCUGGUGUGCAAAAUGUCAGGAUGCAAUAAAGAACAGUAUCCUUUUGGGACCUAACAGACUGAUAGCCUCACUUCCAAAAGUGACGCUGACACUUAACUCAGCUCUAACACUACAACGUCUGUGAUUACAGCAUGACACUUUGGAGAAGUUGUUGUCACAGCUGAGACGUUGCUGCUUUGGAAGAUCCAAGCACAUCAAAAGCAGUUUCUCUGAAAUUUAUUGCAUUGUCUUUGCCAACAAUGGCAACAGAUAAAAGCAUUCUCUUGCAAUACAUUAUGAAUAGACUGAAACCAAAAUUUGUAUUGUCUCCCUUUCUCCUAUUUUAUUGUCUCCUUGCACUUCUAUGUAUUUAUUAAAAACAGGCACUCUAGA